CCUUUAUUUUAUUUUGUAAAUCGGAAUGUUUUCCAAAAGUAAACCAUCCAAAUUUUAAAAUUAAGGAACCUUAUGGUUUUUUAAUCAUAACUACCUCACUACUACGCCAGAACUAAAUCAUUAAUGGGCCGAAUAAAAUUCCUUAAUUUAAACGUUUUUAGUAAGCGAAAGAUUCGACUUUUUACGGGCCACUGAGCUUUUUGUAUAUUAUGUACAGUAGAAUAAAGAAAUUAACAGAGCAGUUUGUUUCUAUUUUUCCUGCCUCUAUUAUUUUUGCACAACAGACCUUUUAAAGUGCUUUAAAUAUUCAGCAGACUGUAAGUUAGUUGUUUGUUGGAGUAGGGGGUGGAGGGGCAGAAAGCAAACCUCUCUGCGUGAGCAAUUGGAGAGAUAUGCGUCACGACUCUCUCCGCUCUCUCCGGCAAUGGAGACUUACUGCCGGACGGAGCGGUCUUUUCCGUGGCGUAAAAUGGGCGGCGAAGAGUUGACAAUCGUCAGUCGAUAGCAAAACAUGAGAGAGUGCUCAUCGCGCAACAAUACGCGUCUACUUAGUGUGGUAAUCGUAAUCGAUCAACGUCUCAGAAUCGACACUUGUCGAUAUUUAAUCGAGAUCCUAUCUCGCCGCAUAACAGGCGAUUAACGAUAGACCGGUGUUAGAGAAAAGGAAAAACCACAGACCCCCAGACAGUUGAGAACUAUUGCGAAACUCAUUUCCAAACAAACCAAAAAAGGGAACCCUGCUCCAAGACUGCAAUCGAGGGCUCUCCACAUUCCUUCGAACCGAGAAACAACACCCCACUUAAGAUAAUCUCAUUGGUAGGAUGCCAAAAACUUAUCCCCCUGCACACACACAGUGUAUAAAAAUGUCACCACAAAAAGGGAGAAACACCAGGGAAAAGCAAAACAGCACGGUAAACAAGUGAGGCUUCAACUAAAAAAGGUAUUUCCUUUUAAAUCAAAUACAAAAAUUUCUGCCGGGAUUCCAAUGCCACUGCCUCUUUGCCGCCCUGCCUUUUUUCUCGUUUUUUCCUCGUUUUUUUUCUUUUUCAAGUGGAUACGAUGGGCACUUCAUUUCACUCCAAAAACAUAUUGAGCCGGGCCACUUGAGUGUGCGCCAAGAGAUAAGCGCAAUUAUAUGGCUUCCACUCCCUGAAUCCGGACACAAAUGGGAGACCGCAGGGGCCGCAGGACAUCGGGGCAUUGGACAUCGGGACAU